CAAAUAUUUAUUAAACCUUUGUACUCUUAAAACACCAAAGGAAAAGCCUUAGUCGUCACACACUAAUGGCUCCAAAGAAUAAUAAAAAGUCAACUAAGAUAUCAUCAGUGAUGAUGAAUAGAGGGGCAUGGACCCCGGAAGAAGAUGAUAAACUAGCUCGGUUCAUUGAAAUUCAUGGUGCAAAGAGGUGGAAGACUCUUGCAGUCAAAUCAGGUCUAAAAAGAUGUGGAAAAAGUUGCAGGCUGAGAUGGUUAAACUAUCUUAGACCCAAUAUCAAGAGGGGAAACAUAACAAUUGAAGAAGAAGACUUGAUUCUUAGGCUUCACAAACUUCUAGGAAACAGAUGGUCUCUGAUAGCUGGGAGGCUUCCAGGGCGAACAGAUAAUGAAAUAAAGAACCAUUGGAAUUCUCAUUUGUGCAAAAAAGUCCAUCCCAAUGCAGGGGAACCAUCAACUUCAACAGCAAAAGAAAGUGGUGCCACACUCAAUAAUAACCCUAAUAAUAUGGAGGACAGUGAAAUAAUGUUAGAGCAUAAUGGAGCCAUUAAUAAUGGGAGUGACGAAAAUUUAGAUAUUAGCUUCGAUGUGAACGAAUUUUUUAAUUUCUCUACUGAAGGAUCCUUUGGUUUUGAUUGGGUAAACAAGUACUUAGAAGUUAGAAUUUGACGAGUCAUGAGAAUACAAAAAUGAAAAAAAGAAAUGACAUGAAAUUGAAAUAAAUUAUUUUGAAUUUCAGCUAGUAGUAAUGAAAUGUGUAAGAAUUAAUGAUUGGUCUAUAUGCAAUAA